AUGGGCAACUACUCAAAAGCACUUGAAUUUUACGAAGAAGCACAAAAAAUCUACGAAAAAGCUCUGCCUCCGAAUCAUCCUGACUUGGCUAGUUGCUACGGCAAGAAUGGUGUAGUGUAUAACGCCAUGCGUGACUACUCGAAAGCACUUGAAUUUUACAAAAAGUCACAUAAAAUUUACGAAAAAGCUUUGCCUCCGAAUCAUCCUGAUUUGGCUACUUCCUACAGUAACAUCGGUCAAGUGCAUAACAACAUGGGUGACUACUCAAAAGCACUGGAAUUUUACGAAAAAGCACUUAAAAUAAGAGAAAAAGCUCUGCCUCCGAAUCAUCCUGAUUUGGCUACUUCCUACGGCAAUAUCGGUCAAGUGUAUAAAAACAUGGGCGACUACUCAAAAGCCCUUGAACUUUACGAAAAAGAUCUGGCAAUCACGAAAAAAGCUUUACCUCCAAAUCAUCCUGAUUUGGCCACUUCCUAUAACAAUAUUGGACAAGUGUAUAAAGAUAUGGGUGACUACUCCAAAGCGCUUGAAUUUUACGAAAAAGAUCUCGAAAUUACGAAAAUAGCUCUACCUCCAAAUCAUCCCGAUUUGGCUACUUCCUAUAAUAACAUUGGUAUGGCGCAUUAUGGCAUGAAUAAUUACUCGAAAGCACUUCCAUUUCUGGAAAACGCACUUAGUAUCCGACGAAAAUCACUCCCGUCAACACAUUCUCUAAUUCAAACAACGAUAGAUAAUAUUGACCACGUGAAAAAGAAGAUGUAA